UAGUCAUGGGGACGCAGAUGAAUGACAGAAGAGCAGAGCCAAAGGAUACAGUCUACAAGAAGGAUAAUUCACUACUGAAGCAAGUGCCAUCCUUAUCUCAGAUUCAGAUAACAGAUGAGGAAAAUACACCCGAAAAUGACACUGCAUGUAAAAAAAGAGACAGCCUCAUGAAUUUGCUUCAAAAGCUUGGUCUGACUGACUCUUACCCCAAAAAGAUGUCACAAGCAAAUGUUCUUCUCAUUGACACUUUAUCGCUAAGUGUAAAUCAACCCAGUUCAGAGAAAGAGCUGAUCUCCCACUACCUCUACAAGCUCACGAUGUUGGACUACAGAGCCAGGUACAUGUUUAUAAAGCAUGACACAAGUAGCAUGGAUUUAGAGGAUGCUGGAGCCACUGUUGACAAUGAUGAUUUUUUUGAUUUUAGUGACAACAUUUUCCUGGAUGUGAGCUGCACAGAGACACAGAUUCAUCCAAUGGAUGUUCACAUGGCAGUUUUCCAUUGUGCCAAUGACUUCUUGCGACAGUACAUUGUCAAAAAGCUCUCUACUUGCCAAUUUGCAAUUCCCUUCCUAGUACCUGACCCCUGUACAGAGGAGGUUGAAUUCCCCUUCUGGGUCCUGCAAUACAUCAGUAAAUCAUGGCAAAGUAACACAAAUUCUACAGCUGACAGUCCUGGAAAGUACAAGAGCAGAAAAAUGUCCUGCACACCAGUCCCAGUUGUUUCCUUUAUUAGACUAGGUGAGUCCAAUUCCAACUCCAAGUCCCAAAUAAUGAAUGGUGUCAUUAGCAAACAGAAGCACAGUGUAUUUUUUCACCGCCAUUGCAAGGGAAGCACCAAAGACAGCUUGCUCAUGAAUGGAGUUGUGGAGAUUGCAUGGUACUGUCCAGGAGGGAAGGAAGAUGACAUAUUCGAUGACUGUGUGGCCUUUCUGAACCUUCAUGGUGAUGCAGCAAAGCAUCAAAAACAGCUUGAGUUUCUUCAGGCAGUAAGUACUGUCAAUGUGCUUCUACUUUCAGAGCAUCCUUUGGAUGAAGCCGAAAAAGCGAUUUCCCAGAAACUCUCUAAGUCUCCAGUCCCCUUGAUAUGCAUGUUCUCAGGCAAAGAACUCAUUCAGCGGUCAAACAAUCCUACCAGAGUUAGGCUAGCUGCAAAGAACAGGAAUCAUGCUGAAUUUACAGAAGAACUGAUUUUAAGUAUCAGACAGUGCAUUGGUGAAAAUAAACAGACAACAAACAUUGACAUGUGCCGUCAAGUUGCAAUUCAACAACAGUUCAAAGUGAAUGAAGUUCACAAAACAUAUCAAGAAGGUUAUGAACAGGCUCAGACAUUAAUUAAUCUUUUGAAGGAGGAAAGCUCUUCGGCUCUGAAGGAGAAGGUUUUUCCCCUUCAGGGUGAAUUGUGGCAUGAAUGGUGUAGAAAAAACAAAGAGCAGUAUCGCUUGCAGUGCAAAGAAAAGGAAAGCAUUGAACAGCAGCUGAGUGAAAUCUCAGCUAAAAUGGAAGCAAUCAGAGAGAGUCAGCUAUUUAAGGCCUCACCUCUUAAUGACUUUGUAAGAUCAUUCAUAGAGUGCUUAAGUAAACCUAAUAGUUCCCAAGACACAAAACUCUACACAUUGCAGUGGCUCACAAUCUUCCUGGAUGAUCUUACCACUGAUGUACUUGCAGAGCUUGAAGUGGACUAUCAAUCAACCUGGAGAAAAAUGAGAGAAGUACCAAAGGACAAGGAAAAAACAUCUCAUGUCAAUCAAAUGCAAUCAAAACUCAACAACAUAUCUGACAAAAUGGCUGCAACAACCAUUAGCCUCCAGCAUCUUAUGAGAGAGGUUGGUCAACUGUAUGAAGCCAGUCAAACAACACCAAAAGCACCAGGACCAACAAAACAAUUCUCCACUAUUCUGCCUAAAAUUGGGGCAGAUAUGCUGGUUUAUGGGUGUCCACUUGAACUAAUGGAUGGAGAUGCUGCCCAUGUGCCUUUAACAUGGAUUGAAGCUGUUAUGGAUGAACUUGUUAAAACUCUUGGAGACAGAAAGUUAUUUGUUCUGUCCAUUCUAGGGCUUCAAAGCUCUGGGAAAUCCACACUGCUGAACACCAUGUUUGGUGUUCAGUUUUCUGUGAGCGUAGGAAGGUGCACCCGUGGAGCCUUCAUGCAGCUCAUACCGGUGGACUCCAGCAUCAGAAAUAAACUUGGAUAUGACUUUGUCCUCAUUGUGGACACAGAGGGACUCCGAUCACCAGAACUCAGUACAAAGCUAUCAGUGAACCAUGACAAUGAGCUUGCCACUUUCAUUAUUGCAAUUGGUGACAUAACUGUAAUAAACAUUAUGGGGGAAAACCCAGCAGAGAUGCAAGACAUCCUUCAGAUUUGCAUGCAGGCUUUUUUGCGAAUGAAACAGGUCAAAAUUUCACCAAGUUGCAUUUUUGUACAUCAGAAUGUUGCUGAUGCAUCGGCUGGAGAAAAGGCUAUGGAAGGGAGAAGACGUCUCCUGCAGAAACUUGAUAAAAUGGCUACCAUAGCAGCAAAGGAAGAGAGCAUUGAUAGCAUUAAUGAAUUCAGUGAUGUAAUACAGUUUGACAUUGAAUCCCAAGUGUUCUACUUCAAGAAUCUUCUGGAGGGGGAUCCUCCCAUGGCCCCACCAAACCCUUCCUACAGCCAGAAUGUGCAAGAACUGAAGACCAAACUGCUAACAAUUGCAGAGUGGAAACCAGUGCAUAAAUGUUCCUCAUUUUCAGAAUUCAGAUUACGGGUUGGUGACGUUUGGAGAGCACUUUUACAGGAGAACUUUGUUUUUAGUUUUAGAAACACAGUUGAAAUUAUGGUGUACACUUCUCUAGAAGAAAAGUAUUCAGCAUGGUCAUGGGAGCUGAGAAAAUAUGCUCUGGAGAUGCAGAGCAAACUCUGCAACCAAAUUGGCAGCAACUUGAUUCAGGAUGUGAAUGUACUAGAACUGAUGAAGCAUUUUGACAAUCAAGUCUAUAAUCAACUGCAACAGGACAUAGAAAAGUAUUUCAAAGAAGACAAAUAUAGAGAAACUCUUAUAACAUGGAGGGUGAACAUUGACAAACGUUUCAGGAACCUAAGAACUGAACUCAUUGAUGGGACAGUAAAGAAAUGCAAAGAACUAAUUACCUCCAAGAAUACUAGAUCAGAACUAGACAAGAGGAAAACGGAAUACACUGCUGAGUUGACCAAGCAGAGCAAAGCCCUGGCAUCCAAUCUAAAAGCACAGCGCCUUGAUGACAAACAAGUAACAAAAGAAUUUGACAAACUCUGGGAGAAUUGGACAGCUAAAGUGGUCAAAACACACAUCCCCAAUGAGUGUGUGAAUGUAAAGGCUACAGUGGAGGCAAUCCUCCAAAAAUUCUUUGAAAAUCAGCCAAAUGUCUUUCAGAAAAUAAAAGGUGCAACAGGAAAAUUUGAGUUUGACAAGAAAAAACAUGUUUCUGAAAGUUUUAUUCGGAAGAUGAUAUCAUGGGGAAAGCCUUUCUCUCAAGAAGUUGAACAACUUAAACAAGAAGUGACUCAUUCUGUCGAAGCGGCCAGCGCCUGCCACAACUGCCCUCUGGAGGCCAUGGUGAUGGACAUAAGCCCACACACAUCAGGCAGUGACCCCGGUGCCUCCGAGCCGCCCAGCGAACAGGGGUAG